GCGCGGGGCCAUCAAGGGAGAGUUGUCUCUCGAGACAUUAGACCCAUUCACCAGCUGUUCUUUUUAUGUCCGUGUGUAGUAGAAGCAGCUGUCUCACUGUCUAUAAGUUGAAGCAUCUCCCACUUCCAAGUCACAAUCGGCUCUAGCUUCCUCGUUUUCAUCAGACAUAUCGACCUCGGCCUCAACCAUCUGGCCCGACAAGAUGGCGAACAAGAAGAAAGCGAAGCUCAGGAAGCUAGCUUUGGCUCGUCCACCGAAUGACCCAAAGCCAGCGAUAACAGAAUAUCCCCAACCGCUGGCAAGCCCCUACCUCACCCCCACUGCUACCCUGCGAAUCGGCCAAAGCAGUUUCAAAGUCCCCGAAUACUUUCUGCGCCCGUACCCCGUCUUCGCCGUCAACUCGCUCGACAUGCGCCUCAACGUCCACGAAGACAUCGGCCACACGGUCGUCCACUUCCUCUGCACGGGCGCCUAUGAGACCAUCAGACCGGACGAUUCCGGCCCGUGGUCCUGUCCUUUUACGCGCGAGUUCGAGCGAAGCGUAUAUGCUUAUCACGCGGCGAAGAUAUACGGUCUUCAAGGCUUGGAGAAGCACGCGAAGAGAUACAUGCAGCGGUUCGGGCACUAUGUGACAACACUGCAGGUGCUAACUGUUGCUCGAAGCGUGUAUGCGGACCAUCCGGAUAAGGAUUUUUGGUUUCGGGAUUUCGUGCGACAGAAACUCAUCAACACCUUCCAGGCCGGUGAGGAAGAUUUGAUUGAAUGUGUGUCGAAUUAUGGAGUCGGGACGGAGCAGCAGUUCGACCAGUUCUUGGUCAAGACUGUGCUGGAGAUCUUCCGUGAUCGGAUGGUUGCGUUGCGCGAUGCGACUUCGAAUGGAUAUGGAGUGGCUAGUAGUCAUUGUGAUGCGCCGGAUGAAGAGGAGGUCCCCGAUCAAGCAUCGGCUGUGGAUUUCCAGGAGACGAUGGAGGAGAUUCCUGAACCUUCUGGCCCCGAUGAGCUUUCUCCUCCUGCUGAGCUGCCGGUUGAAUUUCCCCCAGACGAGCCUCCCGUCCCUCCUGAAUCGCCUCCCCCCGACGAAUACCCCGGUGAAGCUCCCCCGGCAGAUCCCUAUGAGACUGACCGCCACGACCAGUUCACAUCCCCAAGCCCCCCUCCACCCGCUCAAUACAGGAAUGACCGGGGCGAAUGGGGUGAAUGGGGUGUAUCACAACCCCUAGCCCGGCGCUCCCCAUCUCCUCCUCCCCCCGAAGAACCGGCUGCAUACGAGGAGCCUACACCACCCCCGGAGCCAGAAACGCAGUCCCAUACACAGCCAGAAAGCUUUGACUGGAGUGCUUGGACCGUCGCCCCGCCAAAGAAGAAGAUUGUCACGGUUGAUAUAAAAUUGCGUUCUCUGCAGGAGCCGGUAGAGGGUAUACCGGUGCCUGGUCCAGAGUUAGGGCCGGAGCCGGAGCCAGGGCCAUCGCUCGAGGUUUUCUAGACAAGUGAUUAGUAUGACUAGGUGUCUCGGUCUGUUUAUUGAUUCCGUAUGAGAAUAAUGCUAUGAACCUGUUUUGCUUUCUCUUUAAAAAUUGUUUUACGAAUCUGCGAAUGCGUGGCGCUGUUUGUGGUAUCUGCGUCAGUGCAUAUUAUCU